UUGUAAACAAAAACCAGAAACGGACAAUCACUACAUUCGUCUUAUGAGCAACCAAAAAAUUAAAAAGACGAGACAUAGCAUUUUCUUUUGGGCCGCGGUUUGUUAAAGUUCCAGAUGUUUGGCAGUGGUUGAUGCCAUCCCAUUCCUGUAAGAAGACAUAUUUUGGUGUUGUAGGCCCGCAGAAACGACUGUAGCCAACAUGUCGAGGAAGCAGACACCCAAACCUGUACGAAGCAACAAGAAAAGUGAACUGGAACGCAAGAGGGACGAGCGGGCAGCACGCAGGGCCAUCGUAAAAGACCGAAAGAACCGGCCUCAGGAUGGCGAUGAAGGAGCAGAGUUUGUCAGUUUCUCCAAUCAGCUCCAGGCCCUGGGGCUCAAGCUGAGAGAAGUCCCCGGAGAUGGGAACUGCCUGUUCAGAGCUCUGGGCGACCAGUUGGAGGGUCACUCGCGGGGUCACCUGCGGCUUCGGCAGGAGACCGUCCAUUAUAUGAUGUCCCAUCGGCAAGACUUUGAACCAUUCGUUGAAGAUGACGUCCCCUUUGCACAGCACUUGUCCAACCUCUCUCAGCCCGGUACGUUUGCUGGAAAUGACGCUAUUGUGGCUUUUGCUCGCAGUCAGCAGGUGAAAGUGGUCAUCCAUCAGCUCAACACGCCGCUGUGGGAGAUAAACGGUGCAGAGAAGCAGGCGUGCAGAGAGCUACACAUCGCAUACCGCUACGGAGAUCAUUAUGACAGCGUGAGGCCGACUGGAGACAACUCUGAGAGUCCUGCUCAGCUCCGCAUAGAGAGUUUGCAGAAUUCACAUGGGCAGCAGCGUGAGUUUGGGGACGGUCAGAGGGAAAGACAGAAGAACUCGUCUCCCACAACCUCAGAGGAGGACAACGUGAUCCUGAGCUCCAUCAAGAAUCGAGGAAUCCCGGGUGAUGAGGAGAACCUGCUCCAGCUGAGCGCAGCAACCAUCAACGCUGAAUGGCUUGUUGGCUCCGUGCUGGGUCAGUCCUGCCAGGGCCAGUGUGCCUCAGGAUCCUGCUCAGCCUGCAGAGCUGCAGCCUCAGACUGCACUGAGCACAAACAGUCAGCAGAGGGCGCUAACCUACAAAAACCAAAGGUAUCCAAUAAGCAGAGGAAAGAGCAGCAACGGCAAGAGAAGAAGAAGCGUCAGGAGGAGAGGCAUCGGCAGAAGUUCCUCCAGAGUAAAGGGAGUCAGGACCAGAACCAGAACCUGCCAGAAGCUGUUACUUUAGUACCAGCUCUCAACACUCUCAGUAUAUAGACUGGAGCAUGGCCAAUAUUACCUACUGCUAAUCUAGCUACCGGUGGCUGACGCUGUUUUGCACAUAGUCCAAUUCGAAUCAGUCACAGCGGAUGACUUUUCCUAAAGAGAACCCUAUAGUUUCUUUGCAAAAGGUAUAAAGGUGCCUGCAGACGUGUGUGUGUGAGAUGUGUGAGAGCUGUAAAGGACAGAGAGUGAAAGAGCACGACCUUCAGUGUAUUUGUCGGGUAUUGAUGUAGUUCAAUCCCCGGUUGCCGUUGGUGUUGGAACUCCUCAGAUCCUACCACUGCUACCCAGCCCCUCUCUAUGCUGGACAUCUGGCUUUCCAUGACAACCAUGCAGAUAAUCUCGUGCAGCUGGGCUUUUUUCGUUUGCCACAGAUUGAGUUGAUUCAGAUUGUUCAAUCUGACCAAAGGAGGAGGUAAGAGAAGAGCGGAAGGUGAAUGAUUGUUAUGCACACUGUGUACGGAAUGUGGCAAUAAAUAAUAAUAAAUGAUAAUUUACUGUUUUUGAGCACCAGAUAAUAUAUUGCAUAUUAUCUGGGAUGACAUCA